AUCAAAAAGUGAACAUUACUCAAGAAGGACAUUGGUAUAUAAGUAGGAUGAUUCGUUUUAAUCUUUUAGCUGAUAACAUCGUCCUGUAGGCGAGAUGAAGGUAUUUUCUUUGUCGUCCUUCGUUGGUUUCGCUCUCAUCAGUACCAUACUAGGUUCUUUAGAUAGUCAACCCCAAAUAUAUCAUAUGAUAGCAGUUGGAGAUCAUGGCUACUUCCCUAUAUGUUAUGAUGUUGGAAUUGAAACUGGAGGUGCAGUUCGACUUUUCAGUGACGACUCUAUGGGACUCAGUAUCACAGCAACAACAUUUGAUGGACAUCAUAUUGACUCAGUUAACAUCAUCUUUAAAUCGAAAAACUUUUUAAUUAAUACCAAAGGAUUUAAAGUUGGAAGUAACGAAUUAGUUGCCUGGGAAAACUUUAGACUAGGAAAAUUGACCUCAAAAAAUGUUACAGCUAUGUUUGAAAAGAAUAGCAUAUUGAUUAAGCUUGAAACAGAAUCAAAUUUUCUUGACGUGAGAAUUACGAGAAGGGAAUAUAAGGAAGGAGCCUUCUUUUUGUCAAUCUGUUUCCCUAGAUUAAAUCCAAAGAACGACACUAGGAAAGGAAUUGUAGGGUUUCUGCGAAAUUUAUCGUGGAAAAUUGAAAAUGUUGCUCAUUUCGGAAAAGCUGAAGACGAACUAGAAGAAAUGGUUGAUUUAAAUUUCUCAACUAAUACAAGUUCUUAUAAAUCAAUUAUUCGAUGUGAUAUGGUUAAGAGACAAAGCUCUCAAUGCUGUAAACUUGAGAUAAUGAAAAUUAUUGGUCAUAUAGACAACUUUUCAUAG